ACUCCUCGAUAACAACAACAUAUCCGGUGUGCUUCCAGCGUCCUUAACAGCCAUCAAGGGCCUCGCAUCUCUACUUUUAAAUAACAACCACUUCACUGGAACCUUCCCUCAUUCAAUUUUGCUCCACACGAACCUUCAACGCCUGGAACUGAGCAACAACAGUUUCACCGGUACCAUCCCCCACAAAUUGACCAACCUUUACAGCCUGCAAAACAUUAAUCUCAAUGAAAACAACUUCCGUGGAACUAUUCCAUCCGGCCUGUUUCAGCUAUCCUUGCUGUCUUCGCUGCAAGUAGCUAGCAACUUCCUUUCUGGGGGCCUCCCACGGACUCUCAGUGCCCCCACUUCUCUUCACACCCUUAGCCUGGCAGGAAAUGGCUUCACGGGCUCCCUGCCAAACUUCUCGCGCUGGAAAGUCAGCUGUGCCCAGAU